AUGGCUACGCCUGUUGCUGAAAUGGGCACAGACGCAGACGCAGACACCGGCACAGCCAUGGCCCAAGACCUUGACUUGGACAUUAACCAGUACCAUCAGUGGAAUGAUCAUAUCGACUACGCAGACGACCCUUCGGCCCGGGUGCACGACCUAAUCGCGGCGCACAUGGCCCGAGAUCCCUCGGCGCCGGCCGCGUGCGCCUGGGACGGAGGGUGGACGUAUGACGAGCUCGACCGGCUCUCGUCGGCCCUGGCAAGCCGGCUGGUCGCAUGCGGCGUGGCGUGCGAUGACUUUGUCCCAAUCUUCGUGCCCAAGUCGAAGUGGACCGCCGUCGCAGUCCUGGGCGUGGCUCGGAGCGGCGCGGCCUUUGUGCUUCUGGACGAGGCGCAUCCGCCGCGCCGCCUGCGGGAGAUUUGCGCCGAGAUGCGGGCCACGCUUGUGGUGGCGGCCGAGGACCUGCGGGACCGAGCCGGCCAGUUAAUCGAUGGCGACUGCAUCCCCGUUCUGGUGGUGGGGGACUCAUCCCUCCGGACCUGGGUAGCCGAGGACGACAAGGCCUGGCGCGCGUCGCGCGUCACCGGCGCCAGCGCGCUCUACGCCGUCUUCACCUCGGGCUCGACGGGCCGGCCAAAGGGGGCCGUGGUGGAGCACGCCUCGCUCUGCGCCGCGGCCCUGGCAUCAGGCCGCGUGCUGGGGAUGGGCACCCAGAGCCGAGCCUUUCAGUUCGCCUCGUUCGCCUUCGAUCCCACCAUCAUGGACUUCCUACGCACGUGGGUCUAUGGCGGCUGCGUGUGCAUUCCGUCGCCUCAGCAAGCCAAGGACGACAUUGCCGGUGCUUUCGAGAUGCUCCGGGCCAAUAUGGCCACCAUGACGCCCUCGGUGGCCCGGCUGUUGGACGCCGAGGCGCUCCCGGGCCUGCGCCUGCUCGAGUUCGCCGGCGAGCCCAUGCUCCAGACUGACGUGGACAAGUGGACGGACAGAGUCGUCCUCGUCAACUCGUAUGGAAAUGCCGAGUGCUCUGUGUACUCCAGCAUGCGGUCCCCGAUGCGUCGCGACCUCCGUACUAACAAUAUUGGUUUCCCCGUGGCCUGCGUCGCUUGGAUCGUCGAUGAGACGGACGCCGACAUCCUGCUUCCGCCCGGGCAGGUGGGCGAGUUGGUGCUCGAGGGGCCCGGUGUUGGUCGUGGAUACCUCCACAACACCGCCAUGACCGCCGCGGCUUUCAUCACCAACCCUUCCUGGUUGGUCAGGUUCCGUGGCUCCGCGGCGCGGGGUACGCGUCUAUACAAGACGGGUGAUCUAGCGCGGUACGAAGCGGACGGGUCGCUUCUGUGCCUGGGCCGCAAAGACACACAAACCAAGAUUCGCGGGCAGCGCGUCGAGCUGAGCGAGGUGGAGUGGCAUAUCCGGGACCUGCUGGGGCCGGAGAACGACGUCGUCGCCGAGGUGGUACGCUGGAAGGAGGGUCGCGCGGCGCUCGUGGCCUGCGUCCGGCUACGGCAGGCCCCGAGUCCGAGUCCAUCAAACGAGAGUGAGCAAGAGCUGCAGCUGCUCGCACCACCCAACGACGCCUUCCGGCACAAGAUGGAGGACGUGGAGCGCGCGCUCCAGUCCCGGGUGCCUGCGCACAUGGUGCCCAGUGCCUUCGUCGCGCUGUACCGCGUCCCUCUCUCCCUCUCAGGCAAGACGGACCGCAGGCGCCUUCGAGACCAUAUUGCCGAGAGACCCUGGGCCGAAGUGGAGGCCUAUAUGAUGACUAGGACAGCCGACGAUAGUCAUCCGUCCCAUUCACCGAGCACAGAGGGGGAGCGGCGGCUUCGAGACGCCUUUGCCCAGGUCCUGGGCAUCGAAGCAGUGGCCAUCGGCCUCCGCGAUUCUUUCUUCCGGCGCGGGGGCGACUCGAUCUUGGCCAUGCAACUGAGCGCCCAUUGUCGUGGGCUGGGGUUCUCCGUCACGACACAGGACGUUUUCCAACACCAAACGAUUGCGGCCCUGAGUGACGUCGUUGCCGUCAGGGGGUCAGGGCCACAGCAGGGCCGGCCCCUUCCACUCUCUCCAGCACAACACAUGCUGAUUCAAAGACACGGCCGCCCGGCUAAGGGGGAGGGCAACGAGGUCCACCGGGAUGAGUCGAGGCUCUAUGGCUUCCGCAUCAUGCGCGUACCGGGAUCCCUUCAUAUAAGCCAACUGGAGUCAGCAUUGCAAUACCUCGUGCGCCGGCAUCCCGCGCUCCGGACUAACUUUAUCCUAGGCGCGGAAGGACACUGGCAGCAGGUGUCGUGGCUGAUCGGGAAGUCGCCGUCGCCGCCAUCAGAGCCCAAAUCUGAAGCCAAUGGAGCAACCGGGAUACUACCUUCGCUAUUCGGGUUCGGAUUCGGGUUCGCCGGCGAUGGGGAUCACCUAGCUCUGGACAAACCAUUGGCCGAGUUCGAGCUGGACGCCAAUACAGCCACCAGACUAUGGCAAGAGGGCGCAGAAGCUUUUCGUGCUGACCCCAAGGAGUUGUUCCUGGGCCUUCUGCUCCAUUCCUUGCAGUCCACCUUCCCAGGGCAAAAGAAGGUUUGUGUUUUGGUCGAAUACGAUGGGAGAAUGCGAGAUGCCGCAGACGUGGUAGGCCAAUAUACAACGUACGCAUCGCUGGUAUUGUCCUUGUCAACAGACACAGACUUGCCCAACAUCAUGGGUCAAGUAAAGGAUGCGUUUCGAGCCGCAUCCAGGGGAUAUAACGGCGUCAGCCACGUGCCCAUGCCGGGUGAACAUGGACAGGCAUUCAUCGUCCUGCGCUGGAAUACAAAGGCAUCUCCGUCGGCAUCUGCCAUCGAGGCUGAAACGGAGAUGUGCCGACUCCUCGGACCAUCACUCCUUUCGACUGGGCAUGAUGAGCCUCCAGCAUCACAUUUCCAGCCCGGCACCCUGGACAUGGCGGUGACAUGCACACGAGAAUCCCCAUCGCUCCGCGUCCAGCUGGCGGAUGCCCAGGAGGGAUUGGUCGAGAACGGUGUACGCCAGUGGAUCGAACGCUGCCGGGCCUCGCUGGCUGAGUUCCCACCGCGAUGGAGCGCGGCCAAGCUGCCACCACGGGUCAGCGAUUUCCCCCAGCUCGACAGCAUGAGCCAAGAAGACCUCGGGUCCAUGAUCGAGGACCUCGUCGCGCAGAAUGGCGGACUGGACACGCGUGACAUCGAAGACAUCUACCCCGCCGCAUUCAUCCAGCAGGGCAUGCUGCUCAGCCAGGCCCGCGACCCAUGGACGUACCGCUCAUCCACAGCAUGGAGGGUGCGCCCGCGGUCGUCACGCGACGGGAGGCAGCAUCCAGUUGACCUGGCCCGGCUCCACGACGCCUGGGUCAAAGUGGCCAUGGCUCACUCGAUUCUGCGGACAGUCUUUGUACAAGCUCGUGAUGGUGCUUAUUACCAGGUCGUCCUGAAACAACCGGUUCUACCCAUUACAGCAUGUGAUCUCGAUGGCAGUCAUGUUCCCGUUGCAGCGCCUAACAACGAAGGGAACCUAGGCGAGAACCAGAUGCUCCCAUGGAAGAUUGAGCUCGUGGCCACUACUGAGCGAGGCGGAGGUGGAAUAAUAACCUGUCAACUCGACAUCAGUCAUGCCCUCAUGGAUGGCGACUCGGUGCGCGUGCUGAUUCGCGACGCCGGGCUGGUAUACGAGGGAGGACCUCGCGCUGCUGCAUUGGACCCUCCACCGUACGGCCAAUAUAUUGACUAUCUGCGGCAGGUUUCUCAUGACGGUGCCCUCGAGUACUGGAAGACCUGUCUUCAAAACGCCGAACCCUGUUUCUUCCCUGUCUUGUCCGUCUCCGAGAGCGUCGAGUUCGACGCUGAGCCCCUCCAAGAGAUUGCAGUCGUCCUGGACGACGUCUCCCGCCUCUUGCAGUUUUGCGAAACCGAGGGAGUGACGUUGUUCAACGUCAUACAACUCGCCUGGGCCAUCGUGCUCCAAUGCUACACGGGGAACGACGCCGUCGUCUUCGGCUACCUGACAUCGGGCCGUGACGUCCCCGUCCAUGGCGCCCAGGACAUGGUCGGCCCGCUGAUCAACAUGCUCAUCAGCCGGGUCGAUCUCGAUCGCAAAGGCGUCCACGUCCGCCAGGGCCUCGUGCAGUGCCGCGACGGCUUUACGGCCAGUCUUCCCCACCAACAUUGUGCCUUGUCCGACAUCUACCGUGCGCUGGGGCAUUCGGGCGCGGGCCUUUUUAAUACCAUCAUCACCUAUGAAAAGGUCCUGCCUGUCGAGGCUGAGCGGAGCAUCGACUUUGAACGCAUUCGGGACCGCCAACCCACCGAGUUCGACAUGGUCGUAAACGUCACCGUUUCCCGCGAUACCAUCGACCUCUCUCUCACUUACAGGGCGGAGAAGCUCCCAGCUGUCAUCGCAGGCAGCCUCGGGCGCACAUUCACCACCGUCAUCUCGGAAAUCGUCGCGCGUCCGGAUGCCAGCGUGUCGGAACUGAACCUCGUCAGUGGGUUUGAUUUAGCUCGCAUGCUCGCAUGGAACAACCCGCCCGCCAUGCCUGCCAAUGAGCUCGUUCAAGGCCGGAUCCGGAGCAUGGCCCUCGAAUACCCCGAGCGCGUUGCCGUCGAUGCUUGGGACGGUGUCUUGACGUACCGCCAGCUUUGGGAAUACGCCGCCGGUCUUUCUGCCGUUCUGCAGCGCCAUGGCGUGCAGGGCGAGGUCGAGAUGCCCGUCCCCAUUUGCCUCGAAAAGUCCGUUUGGGUGCCGGUCUGUAUGUUGGCCGUCCUGCUGGCCGGCGGGGUCUGCGUCCCCAUCGACCCCGGCGCCCACGUGGAGCGGGUGCGAUCCAUCAUCGCGGAGACAUCGCCAUCCAUCGUGCUGGUUUCGCCGCUGGCCGCGCAGACGGUUGAUUUCGGCGUUACUCCUUGUCGGAAAGUCGUGGUCUCGCCGGACCUAUUCAUCUCCUCGCGACAUCAAGAGGAAGAGGAAGAGGAAGAGGGUACGAAAACAAGGCCACAAGUGCAGCCCGAGAGCGCCGCUUUCUUGCUGUUCACCUCGGGGAGCACGGGCCGUCCCAAGGGCAUCAUUCUCCAGCACGACAGCCUCAGCACCACACUCCGGGAGCAGCGGGCCCGUCUGCUUCUGGACUCGGCGUCCCGCGUUCUGCAUUUCGCGUCCUAUACCUUCGACGUCAGCGUCUACGAGAUACUUUCCACUCUCACGGCGGGGGCGUGCAUCUGCAUUCCGUCCGAGGCCGCGAGGGUGAACGAUUUGCCUGGGUUCAUCCGCGACAGUCGGGUCAAUUGGAUGAUAUCUACCCCGUCGCUCUUCCGCCUGUUCCGGCCCGAGGACAUACCCGCCGUGCGCACGGUCAGCCUGGCGGGCGAGGCCAUACCGCAGGACAUUGUCGACAUCUGGGCGGGCCGGGUCCAACUGUUCAACGCCUAUGGCCCGGCCGAGUGUACGGUCUGUAGUACCCAUAAGAUCGAAGCCGCCCAUGACUGGAUUCCUGGCACAAUUGGGCGUGCCGCUGGCGGGGAGGCUUGGGUGGCGGAUCAGUUCAGCGUCGAUCGACUCGUGCCGAUGGGUGCUGUAGGAGAGCUGCUAUUCCAGGGCCCUGUUGUGGCCCGUGGGUAUUUCCAGCAACCGGACGCUACGGAGAAGGCCUUUCUUUUGAGACGGCCACCAUGGCUACCCGCUUCCUUUUCCGAGGGCCGAGGUGCCCUAUAUCGGACGGGCGAUCUGGUGUCCUACAAUGCCGACGGCACUCUGCGCUAUUUGGGACGCAAAGAUGCGCAGGUGAAGCUGCGGGGGCAGAGGAUCGAGCUGGAGGGCAUCGAGUUCCAGAUCAGACGCCAUCUUCCUACCGAUUACAGCGCUGUGGUAGAUGUCUUUCAACCGGACAACAACCACCAGGACGCGGCGGAGUUUCUGAUUGCCUUUAUCCAAACAGGAUCAGUAACGGGAACCCAAGACGGUGGCGGAGUGGAACUCAUGCGAGCCGACGAGCCUUUCCGCAGCCUGGUCCAUGAGGUCCAGGCUAAGCUCACAGCUGCCGUGCCCAGCUACAUGGUUCCCCAGCGGAUGAUCCCCAUCAAGCGGAUUCCCCUAUCCAAGACAGGCAAAACCGAUCGCCGGAUCCUGAGGGAUGCGGUAAGGGCACUAUCACGCGCCGACUUUGAGAGGCUGGUCCAGGGGCAAGAAGAAGGGCCAAAGCCUCAGCCAGCCACGCCGGCCGAGGAGGCGAUGCAGCAUCUGUGGGCCACCGUUCUGAGUCGACCACCCGAAGCCCUCGGAGUCCAGGACAACUUCUUCCAGGUUGGCGGCGACUCGGUCACGGCCAUGAAGCUGGUGGGGCUUGCGCGUGCCCAAGGACAUGCCCUGGCCGUCUCGGACGUCUUCAACCGGCCCACUCUCGCAGGUCUGGCGGCAGGACUGGAGGGGGCAUCGGCUGCAUCGCCUCUGUCCCCAAGACCACAGUACAUUGCCUACAGCCUCGUGCCAUCCGAUCAGCGCAUAGAGACGCUCCAAACAACGGCCGUAGAGAGUUGUGGUCUGGCUUCGGACGAGCUCGAGGAUAUGUACCCAUGCACGGCGCUCCAAGAGGGUCUCAUGAGUCUCACCAUCAAGCACCAGGGCUCGUAUGUUGCGCAGUAUCAGUAUGAACUCGGCCAUGGCAUAGAACCCCGUCGCAUGGCCAGCGCCUGGAAUGCCGUCGUGGCGGCAAACCCUAUCCUACGAACCCGCAUUAUACAAGCCUCCUCGGGCCGUCUGUUCCAAGUCGUGCUACGGCACGGUGGUACUGCCUGCCAUGUCCAAAGUUCGGGUCUCGAGGAGGCUAACAGGGAAGCAAGGGAGCGACGGAUUGGUCUGGGAACACCUCUGAUGCAGUGCUACGUGGCCACCGAGGGUGACAAGGCCCAACUUGUCCUCACCAUCCACCAUGCUCUCUACGAUGGCUGGUCCAUGACGCUUCUACUGGAGCAGCUGGAGUCGGCCUAUCGUGGCCAACCGCCAAAACCCCGGUCCUCCUUCACCGGAUUCAUAGACUACGUGGGACGUCUGGAUCCUGCCGAGUGUCCGACGGUUGCCGGGCGCAGCGCUCCUGUCAAUGGCAUCGAGGAGAUGACAGGCCCAACCAUCGCCACCGUUCCACUGCGGGUCCAGAUCCGUCCUUCUUGCACCGUGGAGCAAUGUUUGGAACAAGUACAGAAACAAACAAUCGACAUGAUCCCUUACGAAGGAACCGGACUGCACAACAUCCAAGCUAUGGGCUCCGACGCGGCUACGGCAUGCCAGUUCCAGAACUUACUCGUGGUUCAGCAAGAGGGGAGCUUCUAUCGGCCCAAACUAUUGCACGAGGUGCACCGGUCCACGGAGAAUAUUGCCGCUAUCAACACCUACCCUCUGACGCUGCUAUGCAAUCUGAACGGCGACCACGUUCUAACACAGGCAUCUUUCGACUCGCAAGUCCUGAGUGCGGCCAAGGUCCAACUUCUCGUCGGCCAAUUCCACAACGUCAUCCUCCAGUUGCUAGGCCCCCCGUCUCUCGCCCUUGUCGACAUCGCUUUGGACAGUUUGGACGGAGAGGAGAUGCUGCACCAGCCACAACAGCUACAACAGCUUCAACGCUGGAACCAACACAUGCCAGCACCAGCACCGGCAUCGACACCGGCAUCGGCACCGGCACCGGCAGAUACCACCGUAGAUGCCCUCAUUGGACGCCACUUCGACGGCCGACCCGAUGCCCCCGCGGUUCAUGCCUGGGACGGACAACUGUCGUACGGGGAGUUGGACCGCCUGUCGGCGCAGCUGGCCCGGGAUCUUGUACAGAGGGGCGUCGGACCCGAGGACAUGGUGCCCGUGUAUCUGGAGAAAGGCAAAUGGACGCCCGACAAGCUGGGUCUAGGGCCCUCCACGCGGGCUUUGCAAGCGACAGCCCACGCAUUCGAUGUCGCCAUCUUCGACCACUUGGCUGUCCUCCUGGCUGGUGGUUGCCUAUGCAUACCCCGCACAGGGCAAAGCCAAGCCGAUCUAGGCGGUGCCAUCAGGGAGCUGCAGGCCGACUAUGCCAUGAUGACACCAUCCAUGGCCGAGCUUAUCCGACCCGACGAUGUGCUGCCUGUCUUGCGCACACUGGCCCUCGUCGGCGAGCCCAUGACGGCAGGCUCGGUGGCCACCUGGGCUGACCGCGUCAAGUUGAUCAACGCGUACGGCCCCGCGGAAUGCUCUGUCAAUUGCACCAUCCGGGUCCCCGUUUGCCCCCAGGGCCAGGACCACCACUCCGCCGCCGCCAACAUUGGCUUUGCGACCGGCUGCGCGACCUGGGUGGUGGACAAGGACGAUCACGACAAGCUAGCGCCUAUGGGGACGGCAGGUGAACUGCUGGUCGAGGGCCCGAUCCUGGCGCGCGGGUACCUCGACGACGAGACCAAGACGCGAGCAUCGUUCAUCCUCGAUCCGGCGUGGGUGCGACAGCUGCCAGUGCCAGUGCCAGUGCCAGCGCCAGCGCAUGGGGAUGGGGGAACCCGCGGCCCGCGCCGCUUUUAUAAGACCGGCGACCUGGUCCAGUACCAGCCGGAAGACGGAUCCCUGCUGUAUCUCGGCCGCAAGGAUACGCAGGUCAAGAUACGCGGCCAGAGAGUCGAGUUGGGCGAGGUAGAGCACCGCAUCAAGGCUGCGCUUCCUGGCGGCGUGGGCGUGGUAGUGGACGUUUUCACGCCGGCGGAUGAGGGAUCCGUGCCCAUGCUCGCGGCUUUCCUCCAACGGGCCUUCGAAUCCGAAUCCGUGCCUAUGAUGCCUGUGAGCACGCUGUUCGCCUCGCCUACCAAGUCCUUCCACUCCCUCGUAGAGAUGACCCUGCUGCCGCGCCUGCGCGAGACGCUGACCUCGGCCAUGCUACCGGCCGUGUUCUUCCCCGUCGUCCACAUCCCCCUCUCCGCAACGGGCAAGGCCGAUCGCCGGACACUGAAACAGGCGGCCUCGUGCCUUACACAGGCCGACGUGCGCCGGUACAUGCUAGCGGAAAAGAGCAAACGAGCGACCCCGGCCUCGGCCACGGAGAGGCUGGUGCAGUCCAUCUGCAGCCGCGUGCUGGGAAUGCCGGUCGAGGAUAUCGGAAUGAACGACGGGUUCGUACAGCUCGGCGGGCACUCGAUCUCGGCGAUACAUUUCACGGGUCAUGUUCGGUCGGCUGGCUGGCGUGUGGAACUGGCGCAUGUUCUCGCUGAGCCGACGCUAGCGGGCCUGGCUGCCAAGUUGCGCCCGGGGACGACGGCUACAACAGCGGCCUCCUUGUCACUUGUUGCUCCUUUCAGCCUCGUGGGUGGCAGUGGGCAGGAGAAGAAUGCUGCCUCCGACAUGCGGCGCUGGGCGGCCGACGCGUGUUCGGUGACCGUCGACGACAUCGAGGACGUCUAUCCGGCCACGGCGCUCCAAGCAGGCCUACUGGCCUUGAGUCUCAAGCGUCCCGGCUCCUACCAAGCCCACAUCUACCUGAAACCCACAACGGCGGACGGUGGUGACAUGGAGAAGCUCAAGCGGGCGUGGGAAGCCACCGUGGAGGCACACGGGAUCCUGCGCACCAGGUUCUUCCAGGGCACUGACGGCGAGCUGUAUCAAGCUGUUGUCAGAAAUACCGGGGGGGUGAGGUGGUGCAACGGCAACGCAACAAGUGGUGGCGAUAUGGACGGCCUUACAGUGACUCUCGGUGGCGUUCUUUGCCGCGCAACGGUGGUUCAGGAAGAGGAGGGACAGGCCGGACAGGCCGGACAGGCCGCAAUGGUGGUGCUCACGCUUCACCACGCACUCUACGACGGUUGGUCACUCCCGCUGCUUUUUCAGGACCUCCGCUCGGCAUUCCUCGGCCAUACGAUUACCUCGCCGCCGCCUUCAUUCAACGGAUUCGUGGCAUACCUACGCCAACAGGACGUCGCCGAGAUGUCUGACUUCUGGACGGGCGAGAUGCAAGGCCUGUCGUGCACUCCGUUCCCCAGGCUGCCCACCGUCCAAUACGUCCCAUCGGCCACUUCGGUCCUGGAGCACACGCUGGACUUUGAUCACCACGCUGGCAGUGGCACCGAGCAGCAGCAGCAGCAGCAGCAGCAGCAGUUCACAGCCUCGACGAUGCUGCGCCUGGCAUGGGCAACCGUCAUCGCGGCCUACACAGGCGGGUCCGGCGACGUCGUCUUCGGUACCACGGUGGCAGGCCGCAGCGCGCCGGUCCCCGGGAUCGAGGCCAUGACGGGUCCCACCAUCGCGACGGUGCCGUUCCGCGUGCGGAUCGACCCGGCGCAGCGCACGUACGACGCUCUCGAGACGCUACGUGCGCGCAGCGCCCAGAUGAUGCGCUUCGAGCAGGCGGGACUGCAGCAGAUCCGCACAUUUAGCCCCGAGGCGGGCGUGGCGUGCCAGUUCCAGAGCUUGCUCAUCAUCCAGCAGGGGAUGGAGGCCAUGGACAUGGACAUGGAGUCUCAGUCGCCUGAAAACAAAAAGUCGGGCGGGUGGUUGGAAAUCGACGCCGCGUCGGCGAAUCACGACACGGCCUUCUCGUCGUACGCCAUCAAUAUCACCUGCGAACUGUCGUCGUCCUCCAUCAAAUUCAACGUCGCUUACGACGCAGCCGUCACUGCGCCCGAAGUCAUGAAGAUGAUGCUCUUCCAGAUGGCGCACGCCACGUCCCAGAUCAGGAUGAUGGCUGCCAAAAACAACAACAACAACAACAACAAAUACACGCUGGUAAGAGAUGCCAUGAGCAUCAGCCCGGAGGGCAUGGCGGCCUUGUCGCGGUGGAACACGAUCCCCUCGCCACAACCUGUUGAUGAUGCUGGGGGGGCUGGUUAUGGUAACAUGGAGGCGAGGUGUGUCCAUGACAUGAUCUUGCGCCACAGCAAGAACACCCCUGACGCGGUGGCCGUCAAAGCGUGGGACGGGGAGUUGACGUACGCGCAGCUCGCGGCGCUGUCGGUGCGGGUGGCGGCCUCGUUGAGAAGACAUGGUUGGUCUCCGAAGAAGAGCCGCGAUGAUCAUGAGCCCAUCGUGCCCUUGCUGUUCGAAAAGUCCAUGUGGACGGUCGUCGGCAUUCUCGGCACCCUCCGGGCUGGAGCGGCCUUUCUCCUGCUGGACCCAGACCAGCCCGCGGCACGUCUGCGUUUGCUGUGUGAGGCCGUUGGUGCCGAGGUUGUGCUGGCCUCGCAGCGGCUGGCGUCGUUGGCUGCUGCCGUGGCUCCGGAUGCGGCGGUGCAGGUCUGUUCCGGCGCGGCAGUUGCGGCAGUUGCGGCAGUUGCUGGCGAGGAGCCCACGCCGGAGCCCACGCCGCCGCUUAGUCUUACUCCUUCGGAAGAGUCGGCUCAGUCGGGUUCCGACCCGAGCCGCCUUCUAUACUGUGUCUUCACCAGCGGAUCAACAGGAACGCCCAAGGGCGUGCUGAUUGAGCACGGCUCAUUCUGCGCGAGCAUUGCUGGCGUGUGCCGUAUCCUCCCCUUUGGGCCCACGACACGUGUCUUUCAGUUUGCUUCGUACGCCUUCGACGUCGGCAUCACUGACCAUCUUGUCCCCUUGAUGGUAGGUGGCAGCAUUUACAUCGCGCGGCCAGAGGAUGUCAAGGACAACUUUGCAGCCUGCGUGCGCGCGUCCGAGGCCACGUACCUGGAGCUCGUCCCAUCCGUCGCACGAACACUGGACAAGGAAGCCUCAGCGAGACUGCAGGUCCUGGCGCUCAGCGGCGAGGCCAAGACGGCCGCGGACGUGGAGCGAUGGAAGGGCCGCCUGGUGAGCGGGUACGGGCCGGCCGAAUGCUCGGCCACCACCCACGUCCAGUUCCCCGUCACGGCCGAGGACCACCCACAGGCGCUCGGCGUGGCCACGGGCGGCGCCGGCUGGGUUGUUCAGCCCGAUGACGUGGAGCGGCUGGUGCCCGUAGGCGCCGUGGGCGAGCUGAUCAUCGAAGGCCCGAUUGUGGGCCGCGGGUACUUGAGGGAUCCCGAGCGGACGGCUGCCGCCUUUCUGCCCCCGAUGCAAUGGCUCCAGCGUCUCCGAGCUGCAGGUGGUAGUGGUGGUAGUGAUGGUAGUGGUGGUACGAAGCCUCGAGUAUAUCGAACCGGAGACCUUGUCCAGCUGUUGCCCGAUGGACAACUGCGAUUCGUCGGUCGAAAAGAUCAUCAGGUCAAAGUCCGAGGUCAGAGAGUCGAGCUGGGUGAGGUUGAAACCUACCUUCAUCCUCUCUUUCCCCGGGCGACAAACAUCAUUGCUGAGGUUCUCAAGCCGCUCGGCCUAGAGGACCAAGCCUUUCUUGCUGCCUUUGUGGAUUUGCCUGGUCAUCAUCAUCAUCAUCAUCAUCAUCAUCAUCAUGGGCAAACUAAUGGACAUGUCGGCGAUGUCGGCGAGGCAGAGAUGGUGCUCCUGCCGCCGAGCGACUCGUUCCUGGCCGAGGUCCGUCAAGCGGAGCGACAACUCCGGGAUGCGGUCCCAGCCUCCAUGAUCCCGGCCUUGUUUCUACCCGUGAGCCACUUCAAGCUGUCCACUUCCGACAAGGUCGACAGGAGAGCGCUGCGCGCGCUAGGCAACCAGCGGACAUGGAAGGAACUGCAGGCCUAUACCAACACGCGGGGGCCCAGGCGUGGCCCGGCAACGGAGACGCAACAGGCCCUCGUGCUCCUCUGUGCCGAGGUCUUGAACGCGGACCCCAAAGAGAUUAGCAUGGAUGACGGAUUCCUGUCGCUGGGCGGCGACUCCAUCAGUGCUAUGUCGCUGGUGGCCCGCGGAAAUGCCCAAGGCAUCCGCCUCACGGUGGCUGAUGUACUGAGCCAGUCCUCCCUCGAAAAGCUUGCGGCGCGGGCGCUGGCGCGGGCGCGGGCCCAGAUGGACAAGGACCACAACAACAACAUCGCGGUGUUGCCGGCGGUGGUAUUAUCGCACCCGCGCCCCGAGGAAACGCCAACGCCCGGAGUGCCCUUCGCCCUGGCCCCCAUCCAAAGGAUGUUCUUCGCCGUCAUGCCUCUCGACCUCCUGAACCACUUCAACCAGAGCUUUUUCGUCGCACUCACCCAACGUGUCGCGCCGGAUCGUGUGAAAUCGGCCGUCCAUGUGCUCUUGCGACGCCACGCCAUGUUGCGAUGCAGCUUCCAGCAGAUCAAUGGCGAAUGGAUGCAGACCGUCCCGUCCGAGCCGCCGCUCGCGCCUCUGUUCCAGAACUUCCAGGUGUCCAGUGUGCCCAACCUCGCGGCUGUGGAACAGAGGGUGCUGGAGACGCAGCGGAGCUUGGACAUCACAAAGGGUCUUUUGUUCUCCGUCCACCUUUUCGAGAUGGAACAGCAGCAAGGACAGCACCAAGGACAGCACCAAGGGCAGCAGUGUUUGCUGUUGGUAGCGCACCACCUGGUGGUAGAUCAUGUGGCGUGGCGCGUCAUUCUCGCGGACCUGGAGCACCUUCUUGUUGGCCAGGAUGGCAAAGAUUCUCCGUCUACGUCUACUUCCUUGUCCUUCCAGACAUGGUGCCAGCUUCAGGAACGAUACGUCCGUGAACGCCUGCAGCUCCCCGCCGCCAUCCUUAGGUCCGGAGACAAUCAAAGGUCCGAGUCUCUGCCGGCGGCGCAAGACUUUCUGCGUUACUGGAGCUUGGCGGACAAGGCCAUGACGAAUACCUACGCAGAUGCUGUGAGCACUGGCUUCAGCCUGACCCCUGCCGCGACACGGAGCUUCUUGAAGGAUGCCAACAGCGCGUUCCAGACGAGGCCGGUCGAGAUCCUCCAGGCGGCUCUCCUCGUUUCCUUCAUACAGGCGUUCCCCGACCGGCCACCUCCUGUCGUCCACAACGAAGGCCAUGGCAGAGAGGCCUGGGACGCGUCCAUCGACCUCUCGCGGACGGUCGGCUGGUUCACAACCAUCUGGCCCACACCAGCGGUGGUACAGCCUGGGCAGAGCCUUGUCGAGGCAGUCAGACGCACCAAGGACGCGCGCCGCCAAAUGCCACGUAAUGGGUGGGAGUACUUUGCCGCCCAGCUCCUGCACCCCGAGGGCGCUCAAGGCCUAGCACUACCUCUCGAGAUUGUGAUGAACUUUGCGGGGUCUUUUCACGAGUUAGAGCGCCAUGAGAAUACCCUGUUUCAAUGGCACGAGAGCCAAUUUACGCACCUCGACGUAGCGGCCCAGACCCCCCGUUCCGAGCUCUUCGAAGUUUCAGCGGUAGUCAAGAAGGGUCAGUUGCAUGUGCGCAUAACCCACCAUCGACACAUCCCUCCGGACCGGGUGGCAAAAUGGACCACGGCCUUCCAGGCCACGCUGGAGAAUGCCUGCCACGUCCUACCCUCCCUCCCAAAGCAGCCCACGCUCACCGACGUCCCUCUCCUGGACAUGGACUACCGUGGUCUAGACCGGAUGCUCAAGCAGGUGACCGCCGUUGUCGACGUCGGCGGCAGCGGCAGCGGCAGCGGCAACAGCAGCGGUAGCGCCCCGGUCGAGAUCGAGGACGCCUAUCCAUGCACUGGCAUUCAACAAGGCAUGCUGCUCAGCCAGGCCAAGAACGCGGCCCAUUACGUGACGGGCACAACCUGGGAGGUCCGGGCCCCGGGAGGUGUCGAUCGCCGUCGCUUUAUCGAGGCGUGGCAACAAGUGGUCCAGCGGAAUUCGGCCCUGCGUACCUUGUUUCUGGAAAGCCAUACGGGCCAGGGCUGGGACCAAGUCGUUCUGCGCUGGGCCGGUACACCACCACGUGCAGGCAAGGUCGUCGUCCUCCAAGGGCAUAGCCCAUCAACUCGCAAUGACCCCAUGGCCGAGAUGGCCAGGGAGGUCGGGCCCAUCACGCCGACUUGCCCCUGGCACCUUGUCAUCCGCAAUGCCAACAAGGGAGGUGGUGAUGAUGAUGAUGAUGAUGAUGAAGGUGGCCUGACGUGCGACUUUCGAGUUCUCCAUGCCCUCGUGGACGGCGUCUCCGUCGGCCUGAUCCAGCAGCAGAUCGCCGCAGCCUACCAUGGUCAGCUGCCCCCGUCACCAGCAGCCUGCCUACGAGAUUACAGCGCCUACGUGCAGUCGCUCCCGCGUGGCGCCUCCACUCGCUACUGGGCCGACUAUCUCGCAGAAGCAGAACCCUGCAUGGUGCCCACCAUCAGCCGCGACACGGGAGAAGUUGAACUUGAUACGGGUGUCAAGUAUGUCUUCCGGACCCUCCACAGCCUCGUAGAGCUGCGCGCCUUCUGCGAAAAGCACCACGUCACCGUCUUCAAUCUCGUCCAACUUGCGUGGGCGCUGGUUCUGAAAGCUUACACCGGGGCCGCGGCGCCCUGCUUCGGGUACCUGGUCAGUGGCCGCAAUGUGCCGGUUCCCGACGUGGAGCAGAUCGUCGGGCCCUUUAUCAACAUGGUGGUUUGCAGGGUCGACUUGGGGGAGGGCAACAGGCCCAUUGCCGAGAUGGCCCAAUCGAUCCAUUCGGAUUUCCUUCAGGGGAUGGACCAUCAGCACACGGCCCUCGUCGACGUUUUCCACGAAUUGGGCGUGACCGGUCGAGGGCUGUUUAAUACCAUCGUGUCGCUCCAGACGAGAACAGAGGACAUAGGAGGAGUGAAAGAGCAAGAUGCGCCUUCGGGUCUGUCCAUGCGUCCCACUACGGGUGACGACCCGACAGAGUACGACCUCACCCUGAAUAUCAGCCUGUCCAAAGAUAGCAUGGACUACGCCCUGUGGUACUACGAGCAGUCGUUCCCUCGGACACAAGUAGCACAUCUUGCCGAGGCUUUCGAGAACGCCUUGCUGGGUGCGGUUCGCCAGCAGCAGGAAAACGCUCGCGUCCGAGACAUCGCCCUCGUGGGCCCCGAUCACCUGAAGUGGUUGCGUUCGCGCAACGAGGUGCUCCCCGAGGCGAAAAAGGAGUGCAUCCACGAUGCCAUCUUGCACUUUGUUCGUGCCACACCCUUGGCGCCGGCCGUCUGCGCGUGGGAUGGAAACUUUAGCUACGGAGAGCUGGGCCGGCUGGCUUCCCUGCUCGCCGGGGUUCUGGUCCAAAGGGGCGUUCGGCGUGAGGCCUUGGUGGCGAUUCAUCUGGCCAAGAGCCGAUGGACGGCCGUGGCGAUGUUGGCCGUGCUACAGGCUGGUGGUGCCUUCACGCUGCUGGACCCGUCUCUUCCGCUGGCGCAUAAACAGGUUAUCUGUGACGAGACGGCCUGCUUGGUCUUGAUUACUUCGCCGGCUUCGCACCAUGCCUUGCCGUCUGUUCGCCAUACCAUUCCGGUUGGUGACAACCAGGAAGACGACUGGGCCACGAUAUCAACCCGCGAGGCCGAGGCCGAGACGCAGUGCCUUGAGGCGGCGCGACCCGAGACCCUCGCGUAUGCCGUCUUCACCUCGGGGUCGAUGGGCAAGCCCAAAGGCGUGCUGAUCGAGCAUGCGUCCUUCUGCGCCAGCGCCCGGUCCCAACACCGCCUCCUGGCUAUCGACGGUACAACCAGGGUUCUCCAAUUCUCGGCCUACACAUGGGACGUCAGUAUUAUGGAUCAACUGGGGACUUUCAUGAUAGGCGGGUGCGUCUGCGUCCCCUCGGAGAGCCAGCGGAUCGACGAGCUGGCAGGGGCGAUCCGGCAGUACGGCGCGACGUGGAUCCAGACGACGCCGCCCGUGGUACGACUACUCAAGCCCGACCAGGUACCGUCGUUGCGGACUGUGGUACUCAUUGGAGAGACACCUUCGCACAACGACGUCAAGACGUGGCGCGGGCGGGUGUCGCUCCGCGAGACGUACGGGCCUACCGAGUGCUCGGUCUUGGCCAUGGUCAACCCGGACCUUGCUGGCGACCCUCGGAACAUUGGACGGGAGAGUGCCUGCGUGUGCUGGGUCGUGGAUGCGGAUAAUCACGACAAGCUGAUGCCCGUCGGCGCCAUUGGCGAACUUCUCAUCCAAGGGCCCAUUCUCGGCCGGGGCUACUUGAACGACGCCGCUCUGACGGCCUCGGUCUUUGUGCAGGAUCCCGUCUGGACGACUCUGCAGCGUCCAGGCCCAGGCCCAGGCCCAGGUCCUGUCCGGCUAUAUAAGACGGGUGACCUCGUGCACUACUGCCAUGACGGCUCCAUCCGCUACGUGCGCCGCAAGGACACGCAGGUCAAGCUGCGGGGCCAGCGCAUGGAGCCUGGGGAGAUCCAGCAUCACAUCGCCGGCAGUUUCGAGGGCGCCGAACGCGUUGUGGCGGAUGUGGUCGAGGUCGGCGGCGGCACCGGCACCGAGCCGUCCCGCACGGUGCUGGCAGCCUUUAUCAAGGACUCUGACUACGCUUCCCACUCCCAUAGCAACGCCGACGCCGCGGCGCAUCCGUCCCCGGACGUCCUAGCUGCUCCUACCGAGGCCUUUGCCGCCAAGGUGGCACAAUGCCAGACAUAUCUUGAGACGCAGCUGCCCAAGCACAUGGUACCUACGCUGUUCCUCCCUUUGGCUUGGGUGCCCAUGGCCAGCACAGGCAAAACGGACCGCCGCCUGCUCCGGCGGCGAGUGGCGGAACUGAGCCGGGACGACGUCGCGCAAUACCUCACCACGGGUCUUUCGAUGACGGUGGCCAAGCAAGCGCCCACUACGGACCCCGAGCGCAUGCUGCGGGACGCAUGGAGCCGGGUCUUGGGGAUCCCGGCCGAGGCCAUCGGCAUCCACGACAGCUUUUUCCACCUGGGUGGCGAUUCCAUGUCGGGCAUGCGGCUCGUCGCGGACUGCUACGCGGCGGGGGUUGUCAUCACGAUGCAGGGCAUCUUCCAAUACCCAACGCUCCAGCAGAUGGCGCAGCACAGCAAGAUUGAUUCCAUGUACCAUGGCCAUAAGGGCCAUACCUUCUUCCCCUUGUCCACGGCACAGCGAUCUCUGCUAGAGAGCUGCCUUUCCACCAACGGCGCACAUUCACAACACUACCGUAGCUUUGUCGUCAAAGGCCGCCGGCCGGAGCUGGAUGCAGACUGGCUCGACCGCGCCAUGCGAGCCCUGGUUAGCCGCCAUGCCAUGUUGCGUGCCCGAUUUGAGCCCCGCAUCACCACCGACAUACAAGGUUCAUACCGCGUGCGCGUGCAAUCCGUCUCGAUUUCGAACAAGCGCGAGCUUGAUCUCGAACGGCAGCGAGGACCUAGCAGGCUCGACUUUGGCAAAGGCCCUCUUCUAGAGGCUUGUCUGCUCCACUCCCAGCCAGGUGGGGAUUUACCCCAUGGCAGCUAUAUUGUCUUCUUCUGUCAUCGACUCGUCGCGGAUGGGGCCUCUUGCAGCAUCUUGGCCGACGACAUGGUGGCCAUGCUCGAGCAGGAUAUCCCGACCGCCGUUCCAAACCCAGCACCGGCAGCUUUCCAAACGUGGUGCAGCAUGCCGCGCAUCAAUGUUCAUCUCAGUCCCAAUCCAAAUUGUGACUCUACCAGGUAUAGGAUCACAGCAAAUGGUAUCAACAAUAACGGAGAUGUGGCUCGCACACGCCGAGAAGCCCGCCUCGACGCGCCAACCAGCCGCCUCAUCAGGGGGGAUGCCAACCGCGCCUUGUCAACACAGCCUCUGGACAUUCUGCACGCCGCCCUCCAUCACUCCUUCUUCCAGACGUUCGGGCCACUUGAAAAUCACCCCACCAUCGUCGCCCAAGGCGACGGCCGCGAUUUCGGGGACGCCUCCUUGGACUUUUCGCACGCUGUCGGUUGUUUCGAUACCUUCUCAGCCGUACAACCUGACGCAAACCAUCUUCACAGCCUGGUCGAUCUGGUCCGUCUCGCCAAGGACGCUCGGAGACUACCUCGAAUGAGUCAAGCCGAUGCCGAUCCGUGCUCUGCAACAGCGCUUGAUGGCGAAUCCUCGGCCCCAGGACCUCUCAUGGUAGCCCUGAGCUUCGAGGCAUGGGGACAUGGAGACCAGCAAGACCAUAAACCAGCUGUGCAGAUACCAUUUGCUGCCCUCAUUGAAGUUUCUUGUUGUGUGGACCAAGGCGAGCUUGCCGUUUCCUUCACGUACAAUGGACAAAUGCACAAUGAUGAGUCGAUGACCGAGUGGCUCAGCAAGUACCAGAAGUCCCUCGCUUCAGCGGCGGCUGAACUGGCCUCUAGAGCACCUGCCUACACCCUGAGUGACUUCCCCCUUCUCCAGCUCCCGUACGAAACCCUCGGCAGCUUCGUGGCCGAGGUGGAGGGCCUAGCUAGGUCACAGGGCAGCCGAGGUCCCAUCGCCAUCGAGGACGCAUACCCUUGCGCGCCGAUCCAGCGCGGCAUACUCCUGAGUCAAUCCAAGAAUGGCCUUCUCUACCGGCCUCGAUUCCUCUGGAGACUUCAUGCGACCCGAGCGGCGGCAACAAUAGAGCUGCCUCGCCUCCGAAAGGCAUGGGAAACCGUCCUACAGCGACACGCCGUGUUCAGAACCGUGUUCGCGCAGCAGGGCAGCGCCCGCGACGGCUUCUAUAGCCAGGCCGUCCUGCGGUCAACACCCGAAAACAUCACCGAGAUACAAUGUGAUGAUCGAGACGAUCCUGCCAGCCUGAUUCGCAAUAUCCAAUCGCGACAUGAGCAUGAGGCCUGGCAUGUGGUUUUGUGCCAGGCGAAGAAAACGGGCGACACGGUGAACAACACCUUCUGCGAGCUGCAAGUGAACCACGCCUUGAUCGACGGGACUUCCAUUGCCAUUGUGGCGAGCGAGGUCCAGCGCAUAUACGCUGGCGUGGGUCCAAUCGGAGGUGCACCUCGCUAUCGUGGCUAUAUCGAAUAUCUGCAGUCAACGCCGUCCGAUACCAUACUCGCCCAUUGGAAACAGAGGCUCUCGGGGGUUUCGCCCUCCUUGUUCCCCAAGAUCUGCGGCACUCGGGAGGACAACACCUCGCUCGAGCAGAACAAGCGAGUUCUGAAAGGUGUCCAUGUUGAGCUUGAGGACGCAUCGCUCGUGCACCAAUUUUGUGCUCGGCACGAGCUAAAUGUCUCGACCGUCAUGUACGUCGCCUGGGCGCUGGUCCUCCGGUCCUAUACUCAGUCUGACGCGGCUUGCUUUGCCUACACGACGUCUGGGCGCGACGUGCCUGUUCCAGGAGCGGCCGAGACUGUUGGUCCUUUCGUCAAUGUCCUAAUCGGCCGUGUUCAAUUGCUUGCCGAGACGAGACUCCUGGACGUCCUGCGAACGGUGCAGGAUGACACCCUGGACAAUCUCAGCUACCAGAAUUGCUCGCUGGCCGAGAUUGGUCACGCUAUUGCCGUUGACACGGCUGAGCUGUUCAACUCUAGCAUAUCCGUGCAAGAUAGCAGCACUCCGCACCACGACUCGCCGCCUGAUCUGCCCGUGGUCUUCACCAGCGAGGGAGGGGCCGAUCCCACCGAAUACGCCCUCUCCUUGCAUGCCUUGGUGAAUAAGCAAACUGUCGAGGUCUCCAUCGACUAUUGGGAGGGUGAGUGCUUGUCGUCCGAACAAGCCGACCAAAUCAUCCGCACUUUCCGAGAAGCGAUCAAUACCGUCGUGACGCAGCCUCGGGCCACUGUUGCGCAAGCUAGCCUGCUGAGUCCCGAGGACGCGAACUUGAUCAAGCAGUGGAAUUCGAAUACGCCGCCGAGGCAUGAGCGCUGCGUACACCAUCUUGUCGAAGAGCACUUCCGAGAUAGUGCUUCCUCACUCGCCGUGCAUUCUUGGGAUGGAGACUUGACCUAUGGAGAGCUAGCCCAGUUGUCCGGCCAGCUAGCAGCUCAUCUCGUGGAGCUCGGAGCGCAACCCGAGACGUAUAUCCCGCUGGUCUUUGAAAAGUCCAAGUGGACCGUCGUGGCCAUGAUGGCCGUCAUGCAGGCCGGGGCCGCCUUCAUCCUCAUGGACCCGACAACCCCGGUCCGGCGCCUAGAAGACAUCUGCACCGACGCACAGCCCGCACUUGUGCUCGCCUCGGUCGCCCACCGAGACGUCUUGAAGCACCUGUCCGUACACACGAUCGUCGUCGGUCCCACGAGCGAGACCACGUGGCCGUCCGCCCAGCCGCCUCCUGCCGUCCUUGUCCAGCCGUUCAACCCUGCAUACGCCGCGAUCCAGGACAUGGGCGCCAACUGGGUUGAGCUCACGCCCUCGGUCGCCCGGCUGAUCAGCCCAUCCCGUGUCCCCGCGUUGCGGACCGUGAUCCUGUGCGGAGAGCCCAUGGCCCCCAUCGACAAGGCCCAGUGGGGGGGAUACGCCCGCCUAGUCCACGCCUACGGGCCUGCCGAGUGUGGCUCAUGGUGCAUGGCGCAACCAGACGUGACGGCCAGGCCGGGCCCGCUUGACAUUGGCACCGGCACGGGCGCGGUAUGCUGGAUCGUCGAUCCCGCCGACCACCAGACUGUCCUCCCCUUGGGGGCCGUCGGCGAGAUCCUUGUCGAGGGCCCAGCCGUGAGCCGCGGCUACCUGCGCCGGCCCGAACAGACCGAGGCCUCCUUUGUUCCGCCUCCAGCCUGGGUUGCUUCCCGCUUCCGGCCCGCAGUUUCGCACCGCUUCUACAAGACGGGUGACCUGGCCCGGUACCAACCCGACGGCACCAUGUUGCACAUGGGCCGGAAGGACACACAGGUCAAAUUGCGCGGCCAACGUCUGGAGCUGGACGAGGUGGCCUUCCAUGUGAGACAAUGUCUACCGAAGCAUGCUGACGCCGUUGUCGACCUGAUUCAUCCGGACGGCGGUGGCGCAAGGCCCAUGCUGGCUGCCUUCAUCUGCGCGCCGGAUGACGGAAACAGCCGAGGGGGAGUUCGCCCCCAAACCCAAGCCCAAGCCAAAGACGAUGACGAUGUUCUCAUGCCAGCGACGGCGGCCUUCCGGCGAAUCGCCCUCGAGAUUCAGACACAGCUGCGAGCGACGCUGCCCCGUUUCAUGGUCCCGACAGCAUUCCUGCCUCUGCGAUGGAUUCCCCUUGGCGUCACGGGGAAGCUGGACCGCAAGUGUCUCCGAGCUUUAGCUGCCCAAGUGACGUUAGAUGCGCUGCUGCUCCAGGCUUACGACACCGAGGCCAUGACGCCCUCGGUUGAUAAAGCGCGUCCAACCAACGACCUCGAGGCAUCGCUCCUGGAAUGCGUGGCCCAUAUACUCAACAUGAAGCCAGAAGAGGUCGGCAUCCACGAUAAUUUCUUCCAUCUUGGUGGGGACUCGAUUGGCGCAAUGGAGUUCGUGACACGCUGCCGCCACCAGGGCCUGACCAUCACCAUGCCCGACAUUUUCCGACACAGGACAAUCCAUCGCAUGGCACAGCGGGCCAAGAGAGUCGGAACCGGGGCAAGUGCAGUCAGAGACGAGGAGGAGGAGGAAGAAGAAGUCGGGGUGCAGUUCGGUCUGUCUCCGAUCCAGCAGGCUUUCUUCGACCGUGUCCCCGAAGGCCGGCUUCGCUACAAUCAAAGCUUCGUGGUCGAACUUCAGAGCUCCACGCAGCAGCCCAUAGAGACGGCCAUAUCCACGGUAGUGAGGCGACAUGCCAUGCUGCGCGCCUCGUUCCGUCGGAGCGAGGCAGGCUUGUGGGUGCAAACAAUCACCGACAGGAUCGAUCAGUCGUUCCGCUACAACACGUACCAUAGCGCAAGCGUAUCCAGCGCGGAACUGGGCGAGGAACUAAAACAUCGCCUCGAGGAGAGCCAGGCAGCAGUGGAUUGCCAAAACGGCCCAAUGCUGGCAGUGGACCACAUCCUUGUCGACGACGGUCGCCAGUAUCUCUCGCUUAUCGCCCACCAUCUUGCCGUGGAUCUCGUCUCAUGGCGAGUUAUCAUGAGCGAUCUCGAAGUGUUGCUGCGAGGCGAGUCACUCCCGCCACUGCGUUGUCUGUCCUUCCCGAGCUGGUGCCAUGCGCAGUCGGAACACGUCCGCACGAAUCUGAAGCCUCUGGAGACGCUGCCGUCGUUGGAGAAUCUUGCCGAUUUCGAGGCUGAUGUCGAGCACUUCUGGGGCUGCCCACAAGCCACCAACACCCACGCCGAAGCCAUCUCAGCCAGCUUUGCACUGGACUCCCACACCACCACCCUUCUUCUCGGGCCGGCCAACGAGGCUCUGCGGACAAAGCCUGUAGAACUUAUCCAUGCUGCCAUUCUUCUGUCCUUUGCCCGCGUCUUCCCAGGACGCCGACCACCUAUCAUCUAUCAGGAAGGCCACGGCAGAGAGUCGUGGAGCCGAUCUAUCGAUGUGUCCGAAACGGUUGGCUGGUUCACCACGCUUGUCCCCGUCCUCGUUCCUGUUGCAUCCGACACGGGCUUGGUAGAUGUGGUUCGGCGAACAAAGGACGCGCUACGUCAAACACCGGCGAAUGGUUGGAGCUACUUCGCCGCCCGAUACCUGCACCCAGAAGGUCGCCGUUUGCUUGAUCUGAAGAGACCCGCCGAGAUACUGCUCAACUACCAUGGGGCAUACCGCAGCCUGGAGAGAGAGGGGAAUAUUCUGCAAAGCACGUCAAGAUUUGAUGGUCUUAGCAUCAGCACCGACCCCCAGAUGCCGAGGGACGCCUUCUUCGUCAUCGAAGCCUGGGUUUCCGCCGGCAGCAUGCAAUUCGAGUUCGCCUACAACCGGAAUUGUCUUUAUCAAGACUUGGUCAGCGAAUGGCUGACGACCUGUCAAGAUCUCCUGGGUGCAAUCGCAGAGGAACUUGCAUCAAGCACACCUCGUCAAAUCACAUCGGGUGAUUUCCCACGACUCGGACUGACGCAACAGGAGAUGGAGAUGCUUUUGCAGCACGUCGCUCACCUGGGCAUCGCAGCGUCAUGUCUGCAGGACGCAUACCCAUGCUCACCCAUGCAGCAGGGGAUAUUGCUGAGCCAGGCAAGAAACGAAGCGCUGUACGAGACCACUACAAGGUGGAAGAUGACGAGUCAGGGGGUCGACAACCACCUGACUGCUGGCCGCAUCAAGGCGGCCUGGGAGUUGGUGGUGACCAAGCACGCCGCACUGCGCACCAUAAUCAUCGAAAGCCCCUCCCGUCAUCGUUCCUACGACCAGAUCGUGCUCGAGGGCGACAACAUCACCGGAAACAUUACCACCACAAGCUUCUCUGGCUCACAAGUAGAAAAGCAGGGACCUCUCCCUUGGUCAUUUGUGCUAACCCAGACUUCGGAUGCCGGCGAUUUCGAAUGCGCCCUCACCAUCAGCCACGCCCUAGUCGACGGCCGCUCGCUCCAGCUACUGGGCGCCGAGCUCACCGCGGCGGUCAAUGGGAGCCCUCUAUUAGACGGCAGCCCUGAACCUCUGCAAUAUGGCGAGUACAUUUCGUAUCUGAGCGAUGAGGCCCCCAGGGAGGAAGAUACCGACCGCUAUUGGCGGCAGUACCUGCAGGAUGCCACGCCAUGCCGAUUUCCCAAGCUGAGCGGCGGCGGCGGCGGCGGCGGCGGCCCAUCGUCCCGGGGACAGGGCCAGUUGCAUUCAGCCACCCGGCAGAUUCCUUCCGGCCGUCUACAACGGCUAUGUGAAGAAUAUGGGACCACGCCUUUCAACGUCAUCCAAGUGGCAUGGGCGCUCGUGCUGCGAUGUUAUGUGGGCUCCGACGACGUCUGUUUCGGAUACCUGGCGUCCGGACGAGAUAUUGCCCUCCCCGGCAUCGAGGAUGCCGUAGGGCUGUUUAUCAACAUGCUGGUUUGCCGGCUCCGGUUGGACGACGAAAGCCUCCCCGUCGGGACGUUGCUGGGAAGGAAUCAAGAAAGCUUUGUUCGCGGUUUGGAGAACCAGCAGUGUUCUAUGGCUAGGAUCCAGCAUGAUCUGGGCCUCCGGGGUGAUGUUCUUUUUAACUCUAUCAUAUCGUACCAGGCUCGUUCCGGUGCAGAUGGUAAUGCGGACAGCGGCCACCACGCUGCGAGGUUAGAGACGGUCGACAUCGACGACCCGACCGAGUAUGGUCUAGUUCUCAACGUCGAGGCGGCCAAAGACAUCAUCAGCCUGUCUGUCAGCUUCUGGGACACCUAUCUCGAUCCCCAUCAAGGGUCUGCGCUCUGCGGAUUCUUGGUACAGACCAUCCUGCAUAUGGCCGACAAUCCUUUCGCCACGGUCGCGGGCUUUAAGACGCUAAGCGACGAGGAUCGCGAGCAGAUCCACGCGUGGAACGGGCAUUUCCCGCAGGCAGAGCGGGCCUGUGUCCACCAGUAUAUACUGGAGCAAUGCCGAACGCGAUCCGAGGCCCAGGCGAUAUGCGCUUGGGACGGCGGCCUCACCUACUGCGAGCUGGACACCCUAUCUGCGGCUUUUGCCAUGCAUCUGCAGGCGCUCGGGGUUCAGGGGCCGGACGUCUUCGUGCCCAUCCUGCUCGACAAGUCGCUGUGGGUAGGCGUCGCCUUGUUGGCCGUCUUGCGUGCCGGCGGCGCCUUCGUGCUGCUCGACCCGGCCCUGCCCGACCUGCGCCUGCAGUCCAUCUGUGAGACACUGGGGUGCCAGGUCAUCGUCUGCUCACCUGCCGACCACGAUAGGGUAGCCAAGUUGGGGCCCCGAGCGGUGGCGGCUGUUUCCCACUCGGAGUCUGAACGGUGGCCAACGCCAACGCCAGGCCUGCCCACACACCAGGCGGAGCCGGGCCAUGCAGCUUACGCCGUCUUCACAUCGGGCUCCACGGGGAAACCAAAGGGGGUCGUCAUCGAACACACGCACUACGCGACCAGCGGCCGGUCCCUCCAGAAACGCCUCGGCGUUUCCCCACAAGCUCGCGUGUUCCAAUUCGCCUCGCAUUCCUUCGACGUCAGUGUCAGCGACUACCUCACCACCCUCAUGGCCGGCGGCUGCGUCUGCGUGCCCUCCGAGGCCGACAGACUCAACGAUAUACCCGGCGCCGUCGCGCGUCUCGAAGCCAACUGGAUGCACAUCACGCCCUCGGUCGCACGCACGCUCCAGCCGUCGCAGGUCCCGGGCAUCGAUACCCUCGUACUCAGUGGCGAGGUCCUCCAGGACGAUAACGUGCGGACGUGGGCACCCGUCGUCCAUCUCAUCAACGCUUACGGGCCCGCCGAGUGCUCUGUGGACUGCGUCGUCAACGACGAGGUUGCUUUGUACCCCGAGAGCAUUGGAACAGCCAGUGGCGCUGUUUGUUGGAUCGCCCAUGUCGACAACCCGGACCGGCUGCUUCCCAUCGGCGCCGUCGGUGAACUCCUCGUCGAGGGCCCCAUCGUAGGGCGGGGGUAUCUGAAGGAGGAGGAGUCGACCCGCCAAGCAUUCAUCACGCCGCCGGCCUGGCUUCAGCGGCUGCGUGGACCCCACGCGACGGCGAGAAGCAGGCUAUACCGCACCGGCGACUUGGUUCAGUACCUCCCCAGCGGUGCAUUACGGUACAUUGGCCGGCAUGACACCCAAGCGAAGAUCAACGGCCAGCGUGUGGAGCUCGGCGAGAUCGAGUCUCAUCUCGGCCGGCUCUUCUCAGAUUCGCAGGGUGUGGCUGUGGCACUACUCCAGCAGCCACCGCCCUCCUCGUCACAACAACAAGCGGUACAAGCAUUGACGGCCUUUAUACAAUGGGGCCCGGGAGAUGAAGCUUGCAAUGACCUCGACACGGAAUGCCGCAUUCUGGAAUCGAGUCCUGGUUUCUUGUCCAGCAUCCGCGAUGCUACGUCCCGUCUUCGGGAGUGGCUGCCCUCCUACAUGGUGCCGGUACGGUUCCUCGCUGUCAAUCGCAUUCCCUUGAGCCGAUCAGGCAAGGUCGACAGGAAAAAACUAGGGAACCUGUCAUUGAUCACCACCACCGCCUCGUCGUCGAGAGAGCAAGCACCCGGGCAUGGUGACGAUGUCCAGAAGAGUUCUCCGAGGUCCCUGUCAGACGCAGAACAGCAGAUCCAAAGGCUAUGUGCUGAGGUGCUGGGCCUCGUUCCUAGUACGAUCGACAUGGACAGUGACUUCUUCCACAUUGGAGGAGACUCGAUCAAGGCCAUGCAAUUCGUGUCUCUUGCCCGACGAGAGGGACUGUCAAUAACUGUGAGGCAGAUACUGCUUUCCACCGCUCUUUCGGAGCUGGCGAGGGCGCCAUCGCCGUCUCCGUCCGGCUUUCAUAAUGGCUCGCCCCCGGAUGAGGAGAACGUCGUCGGCGGCGACCGCACGGAACAAGCCUUGGACACCCGACUUUUGGGCUCCUUGUGCUGGCAAGACCUGGGCUUCCAGGAACAAGACGUGGAAGACAUAUUGCCCGCUCUUGAUCUGCAGACCUUUUCUGCCUCCCGGCCGCAGAACUACUGGUUCGUGGAGCUCGUGGGACCCCUGGACGCGACGCAGCUGAAGCGGGCGUGCCUCGAGUUGGUUCAGCGCCACGCGAUCCUGCGCACUGUCUUUGUGCUGCACAAGGAUGGCAAGACGUUACAGGUGGUCUUACGUCGACUGCCUGCGUCUGUAGCCGUUGUGAAAGACCUCGAAACCGAUGAGGCGGACUUGAUGGCAUUUGUCGUGGCCCAGAGCCGCAAGGACGCGAAUUCCCAGAAACUGUACGGAACGCCGCCGUUGCGGAUGACACUGGUUCGACGGCACCGCGAGCACCAUGUGCUCACGCUGCGACUGUCGCAUGCCCAGUACGAUGGACUAUCCAUUCCUGUGCUCAUAAAGGACCUGCUGGGGCUUUACGAGAAACGUGACGUCAGCACGGCGGCCAUGUCCUUCGCGGCCUAUACGCGCGAUUGCGUAUCACGCAAUGUCACAGAAGGGGCACUGGCGCACUGGCGAGGGCUUCUGCACGGCGCCUCGAUGACGAACUUAUCGGAGCCAGGCCUGGUCGACGACCCUCACCCUCCGGCGGCCACAAGCUUGGUCGAAGUCACGACCAGCGUGCGACGACCUACACCGCCACCGGGCAUCACCGACGCCACCAUGGUCAAGACGGCGUGGGCGCUCGCCCAAGGCCGGGUGCUGCAGGGCCAGCGCGACCUCGUGUUUGGCCAACUCGUUAGCGGGCGCAAUGGGGACCCCAGCCUGGCCGCCGUCGUGGGGCCCUGUCUAAAUCUGUCGCCUGUGCGCGUGCGACUUCCGGACCACGACGACCAUGACCAUUCCUCCGUGGCAUCGUUGAUGCGCCGAGUCCAGGACCAGCACGCCACAUCGGUCGACUUCGAGACAGUGCCUCUCAACAUCGUGGCGGCCCGCUGCACGUCUUGGAAGGAUCCGUCUAUCGAGUUCGGCUCCGUUGUGCACCAUCAGCACGCCCCCGGCCAGUUCCGCAUGCGCUGUGGCGCGUUGGGUGCCCAUGUGGAUGCCUGGUCGCCUAUAUCACUGCCGGGGCGGAGCAUCUGGCUGGCAUCCAGCAUCGUUGACGAUGAUGAUGGUGAUGAUAACGCCCGCCAAUUGCUCCGCCUGAAUAUGUUUUGUCGUAGCGAGGUUGCUUCGGGAGAACGGCUGGAAGAGCUGCUGGGCGUGCUUUGUGACGUGUUGCGUGCGCUGGAUGGGGGUAUCGACUUGCCUGUUACACAGCUGUUGUGA